AAGAGCAGCAGCGGCGGCGGGCGCGAGCGGGAGGAGCUGCAGCGGCGCUGAGCUAAAAAUCACGGGGAUUACAGUUACAGAUUCCGCCAGCUGCAGCACCGAGCCACGGAGCCCCGGAGCCGCGGGACACCGCCGGACCGACCGACCGACCGACCGACAGCGGCGGGGCUGAGGGGGAGGGAGGCUCGUGCUCUGCCGUUAAUAUUCCCUGUGUGUGCGUGUGCAGCUGUAGUACGACCCCCCUCCUCUCCUCACACACACACACACUCAUGCUGGCGGUUGGCGCCGCGGGGACGGAGCGCGGUUGAUACACGGUGCUGCUGCUGCGAGGAGCGCGAGGCUGCGCGGGAAUGGCGGACCGGGACUCGAUACCGCUGCCGCUGGAGAUCCGCGCGCGGCUCGCGGAGCUGGAGCUCGAGCUGUCGGAGGGGGACAUCACACAGAAAGGCUAUGAGAAGAGAAGAGCGAAACUAAUUCGAUCCUUCCUGCCCCAUGUACCAGUAGGAGCAGAGUCUCGAGUUCCUGUCACUCCAUCUUCUUCUUCAUCUUCGUCAUCUCGUUACCAGCGGCGACGUUCCACUGGCUCACGGGAUGAGAGAUAUCGUUCAGAUGUUCACUCUGAAGCCGUACAGGCAGCGCUAGAGCGUCAGUGUGAGAGGAAGAUGGCAGUACCCAUGCCCUCCAAACGACGCUCCCUCGUCGUCCAGACGUCCAUGGAGGCGUAUACACCACCAGAUUCCUCGUCAGGCUCAGAGGGUGAAGGAUCUCUGGGGAGGACUGGAGGCGCUGGUGUCGAGGCCUGGAUUAGCCAAGCUCUGCGUGGAUCAUCUUCAUCAACCACAUCAUCCUCAUCAUCACACAGCAAUGGAUCUGCCAACGCAGCACGACUGGCAGAGAAUAACGCACACCCGUACAGCAUUGGGCCUAUCGCUCAUCUGUCCCUGAAGAGGCGGGGCUUGAGGGAGAUGGGCGUGUCGCUGGAGAAUGGUAACGUGGGUCGACGCUCUUAUGACUACCAGUCUGACCGGCCGUGGUCGUCGCUGGACUCUGAAGACAGUCACCCCGCCCCUCCUGACAUCACGAGCUACACGGCGGACCCUCCAGGUGUUACUGUGGAACGCCCGCAGGUCGCACUGCCAACCAAGCCCAAAUAUGGUAAUGCCGAGCUGAUGGAGACAGGAGAUGGAGUACCGGUGAGCAGUCGCGUCUCUGCUAAGAUCCAUCAGCUGGUGAACACUCUGAAAAGGCCAAAGAGACGUCCGCUGAGAGAGUUCUUCGUUGAUGACUUUGAGGAACUGCUGGAAGUACAGCAGCCUGAUCCUUCUUUACCACGUCCAGAGGGGGCGGACUCAUUAAUAACACAGGGGGAGGAGCUCUGUGGACUCAAGAACUGUCCGGCCUCCAUGGAGGCGGCCCUACAGCGAUGGGGGGCUAUUGCACCUAAAGCACCGUGUCUGACAGUCACACACGCCAAUACUAAGCAGCCAUACACACUCACAUAUGGUAAACUUUGGUCCAGGAGUAUGAAGGUGGCGUACUACAUCCUCCACAAACUCGGAACCAAGCAAGAACCCAUUGUUCGCCCAGGAGACAGAGUGGCGUUGGUGUACCCCAAUAACGACCCUGCAGCGUUCAUGGUAGCGUUUUAUGGAUGUCUCUUAGCUGAAGUCGUACCUGUACCCAUCGAGGUGCCUCUGACCAAAAAGGAUGCGGGGAGUCAGCAGAUUGGGUUUCUGUUGGGCAGCUGUGGCGUUGCUGUGGCUCUAACCAGCGAUGCGUGCCACAAAGGCCUUCCCAAGAGCCUCAGCGGUGACAUCAUGCAGUUCAAAGGCUGGCCCAAGUUGCUGUGGGUAGUGACAGAAUCCAAGCACUUAUCUAAACCUCCCAGAGAGUGGUACCCACUGAUUAAAGAUGCCAACAAUGACACAGCAUACAUUGAGUAUAAGACCUGCAAGGACGGGAGUGUUCUGGGAGUGACUGUGACGAGGAUGGCCAUGCUGACACACUGCCAAACCCUCACACACACCUGCGGCUACAAGGAGGCGGAGACACUAGUGAAUGUGCUGGACUUUAAGAAGGACGUUGGACUUUGGCACGGCAUUCUAACAAGUGUACUCAAUAUGCUGCAUGUUGUCAGCGUUCCGUAUGCCCUGAUGAAGGUGAAUCCAUUGUCAUGGAUCCAGAAAGUCUGUCAGUACAAAGCUAAGGUGGUGUGUGUGAAGAGCAGGGAUCUACACUGGGCUCUGGUAGCACACAGAGAUCAGACGGACAUGAACCUGAGCUCGCUACGCAUGCUGCUGGUGGCUGAUGGUGCCAAUCCAUGGUCCAUCUCUUCCUGUGAUGCAUUUCUCAACGUAUUUCAGAAUAUGGGGCUGAGGUCAGAGGUCAUCUGCCCAUGUGCCAGCUCACCAGAGGCUUUAACUGUAGCUCUGAGGAGGCCGAAUGAGAGCAGUCUGAAGCCGAUGGGCAGAGGGGUUCUCAGCAUGACCGGACUGAGUCACGGUGUUAUUAGAGUGGAUACAGGAGAGAAACUCUCGGUUCUCACGCUGCAGGACGUGGGCUCUCCCAUGCCUGGAGCGCUGGUGUGUGUGGUAAAGCCGGAGGCGGUUCCUCAGCUGUGUAAGACAGAUGAGAUCGGGGAGAUCUGUGUGUCGUCCAUCGCCACAGGAACAUCCUACUAUGGUCUAACAGGAAUGACCAAGAACACCUUUGAGGUGUGUCCCGUGUCCAGCAGUGGUGGGUUGGUGAGCGAGUGUGUGUUUGUGCGCUCAGGGCUGCUGGGAUUUGUAGGACCGGGCGGAGCUAUCUUCGUUACAGGAAAGAUGGAUGGAUUAAUGCAGGUCGCCGGGAGGAGACAUAACGCUGAUGACAUUGUGGCAACAGCGCUGGCAGUCGAACCCAUGAAGUUUGUGUACAGAGGAAGGAUAGCGGUGUUCUCCAUUACUGUACUUCAUGAUGAGAGGAUAGUGGUGGUGGCAGAGCAGAGGCCAGACUCUACUGAAGAGGAAAGCUUUCAGUGGAUGAGCAGAGUACUACAGGCUAUAGAUGGCAUCCAUCAGGUUGGUGUGUACUGCUUGGCGCUGGUUCCCUCCAACACUCUGCCGAAGACCCCUCUGGGAGGAAUCCAUCUGUCUGAGACCAAGCAGCUCUUCCAGGAAGGGGCGAUGCACCCCUGCAACGUGCUCAUGUGCCCUCACUCCUGCGUCACUAAUCUGCCCAAACCCAGACAGAAACAGCCCGAGGUUGGCCCUGCCUCUGUGAUGGUGGGGAAUCUGGUGGCGGGUAAGAGGAUGGCACAGGCCUGCGGACGAGACCUAAGCCAAGGGGAAGACAAUGACCAGUUCCUCUUCCUGUCUGAAGUUCUGCAGUGGAGAGCGCAAACUACUCCUGACCACAUACUGUACACACUCAUCAACUCGAGGGGGGCAGUAGGGAGUUCUCUAACGUGUCUGCAGCUUCAUAAGCGAGCGGAGAAGAUCGCAGCCAUGCUUUUUGAGAGAGGGCAGCUGCGGGAUGGAGACCAUGUAGCAUUAGUUUAUCCACCAGGUUUAGAUCUGAUUGCUGCGUUUUAUGGCUGUUUGUACGCGGGCUGCAUCCCCAUUACAGUCAGGCCGCCACAUCCCCAAAACAUCUCCACCACCCUGCCUACUGUUAAAAUGAUUGUAGAGGUGAGUCGCUCGGCGUGUGUAAUGACGACCCAGGCCAUCUGUAAGCUUCUGAGGUCUAAGGAGGCAUCAGCAGCUGUGGACCUGCGGUCAUGGCCACCAGUCCUAGACACAGAUGAUCUGCCGAAGAGACGUUCUCCGCUGCUUUAUAAACCGUCUGACCCUGAGUCUUUGGCGUACUUGGACUUUAGUGUUUCCACCACAGGCAUGCUGGCUGGAGUGAAGAUGUCUCACAGUGCUACCAGUGCAUUGUGUCGUUCUAUAAAGUUGCAGUGUGAGCUCUAUCCGUCCCGUGAGGUGGCUGUGUGUUUGGACCCGUAUUGUGGACUGGGCUUCGUAGUCUGGUGCCUCUGCAGUGUGUAUGCAGGGCAUCAGUCUGUACUCAUACCGCCUGCAGAGCUGGAGGUGAAUCCGGCACUGUGGCUGCUGUCUGUGAGUCAGUUUAAAGUGCGGGACACGUUCUGCUCGUACUCAGUGAUGGAGCUCUGUACUAAAACACUAGGCACCCUCACAGACUCUCUCAAGGCCCGGGGUCUGGAUUUAUCACGAGUGAGGACGUGUGUUGUGGUGGCUGAGGAGAGGCCGCGGAUCUCCCUCACUCAGUCCUUCUCUAAACUCUUUAAGGACGUGGGUCUGCACCCCCGCGCUGUCAGCACCGCGUUCGGCUGCAGGGUCAACCUCGCUGUGUGUCUGCAGGGGACCUCAGGACCUGACCCCACUACUGUUUUUGUAGAUAUGAGAGCACUCAGGCAUGACAGGGUCCGGUUGGUGGAAAGAGGGUCUCCGCACAGUCUACCAAUGAUGGAGUCAGGCAAGAUUUUACCGGGUGUUCGUAUCAUCAUUGCCAACCCAGAGACCAAGGGACCAAUUGGAGAUUCUCACCUGGGAGAGAUUUGGGUGCACAGCAGUCAGAAUGCGAGUGGGUAUUUCUCUGUAUUCGGGGAGGAGAAUGUUCGCUCUGACCAUUUCAGCGCCAGACUCAGUUUUGGAGACACGCAGACUGUCUGGGCCAGAACCGGCUACCUCGGCUUUCUGCGGAGGACAGAGCUCACCGACGCCAGCGGAGAGAGGCAUGAUGCUCUGUAUGUGGUGGGAGCGCUGGAUGAGGCGAUGGAGCUGAGAGGGAUGCGGUAUCAUCCCAUUGAUAUUGAAACAUCCAUCAUUAGAACACACAAGAGCAUCACAGAGUGUGCUGUGUUCACCUGGACAAAACUCUUGGUGGUGGUGGUCGAGCUGGACGGUUCUGAGCAAGAGGCCUUGGACCUGGUUCCCAUGGUAACCAACGUGGUUCUGGAGGAGCACUACCUCAUCGUGGGCGUGGUGGUCAUCGUGGACACGGGCGUGAUCCCCAUCAACUCCCGCGGAGAGAAGCAGCGGAUGCACCUCAGAGACGGCUUUCUCGCCGACCAGCUGGACCCCAUCUACGUGGCUUACAAUAUGUAGAACACACACACACAUGUUCACACACAUUUCCAGCAUAUUUACAUACACAAUUACACACAAACUCCAUCUGUAGAAACCCACUUGCACAAUCAUGCACUUUCUCUCACAAACACACACACACUCGCACGCACACACACUCGCACAAUUCACGUCAGCCCUGUGUACAUAAGUUGCUUUCAUAUAAAACUAAGGAACUCAAGCACACUCUUUACAUUUACCAGCUAAGAGCACUAAGACAUAGGACACAGACAAGAGACUGUGACAUUAAUAAACAACAGAAAAAAAGCUGCAUCCUUACACAAUAACACACAUGCACACGCACACACACACACACACACACACUGGCAAGAAAUGUGUUGGUUAGCCAAUCGCAGAGCUCCUACCUCUCAUGCAGAUGAUAAAUGUAUGAACACAUUGUCCAGACUAUUCCUUUUUAUUCCUUUCUCAUCUCUAGAUGAAAAAUGAUUGGUAACACUUUCUAUGAAUGUCAUCUCUAUAAGACUCUAUAAACAUACAAACUUUAUAAGGCAUCAUAUACAUGACUUAAAAUGUCUUAAAUUAAAAUCUGGGUAAUUAAAGUUUUAAAUAGUCUUUAAUUUACUGUAAAUUUGCUGUAGGUUUUAAAUAUUAUGACUGUGUGUUUAUUGCAAGUGGAAAGGGCACAUGCUAACUUUAGCGGUGAGUUAGCUAAUGUUACCGGAAAGAGAACUAAGGCUACUAACGGAGAGCUAGCUAAAGUUAGCGGUGAGCUAGCUAACAUACUAACUUCAGCAGCGAGUUAUCUAGCUAUAUUACUGGGGAGAGAACUAAGGUUAGUGGAGAGCUAGCUAACAUAGUAUAGUAACAUUAGCGGUGUGCUAACUAACAAGCUAACAUAAUAACGUUAGUGACUGGUUAGCUAAAUUACCGGGAAGAGAAUUAAGGUUAGCAGAGAGCUAGCUAACAUUAGCGACGAGUUAGCUACAUUACCAGGG